UCAGUGCUCUGUCCUGUGUAUGAGAGAGAGAGAGGAAAAAAAAAAAAAGUGUGUAUGUGUGUGUAUGGAGAGGCGUGAUGGCUCCUUUUCCCGACGAGGUGGACGUGUUCACCGGGCCGCACUGGCGAAUGAAGCAGCUGGUCGGCCUUUAUUGCGAUAAGCUGUCGAAGACAAACUUCUCCAACAACAAUGACUUCCGCGCGUUCCUCCAGACGCUCUGCGCCACCUUCAAGGAGUUCAAGAUCCACGAGCAGAUCGAGAACGAGUACAUCAUCGAGCUGCUGCAGCAGCGCAGCCGCACCACCUACAACGUGCACUCUGACAACAAGCUCUCCGAGAUGCUGUCGCUCUUUGAAAAAGGCCUCAGGAAUGUCAAGAGCGAGUGUGAACAGCUGAACUACGCCCGGCAGCUGAAAGAACGGCUCGAGGCUUUCACCCAGGACUUCCUUCCUCACAUGAAGGAAGAAGAGGAGGUGUUUCAGCCCAUGCUGAUGAAGUACUUCACCUAUGAUGAGCUGAAGGCCAUAAAGAGACAGGUGAUAGCGCAGCACUACAGCCAGCAGCAGUGGGAUACGGCCGCCGAGGUUCUGAAGGGCUUAAACCUGUGGAGUCAGGCCGAGGAGCUACACAAGGCCUUCAAAUACUCCGACCACGAGAAGACUGAGGACGAAUGUGACAGUCACGCAAGCACACACAUCUCAGCACUGCCGCAGGAGGUCUUGGUGCGGCUGUUCCGUUACCUGGGCCCGGAGGACCUGUGCCGCUGCAGUCAAGUGUGCCGUACCUGGGCAGAGGUGGUUAAAACAGGCUCGCUCUGGAGACACCUGUACCCUGUCCGUUGGGCCAGAGGCGAUUAUUACCGUGGUCCUCCAGGUGAGCCGGACCAGGAUCCUGAUGAAGAUUGGGUGCAGAACCUGCAGGAGGAAGGACGAGCCUAUCAGGAGUGGGACGAGGAUGCAGAUGUCGAUGAAUCGGAGGAAGCAUGCGAGGACUCGCUGGCCAUCAGUGCAGUGCACAAAGAAAAGAAGUUGCUGAACGGAAUGAUCCAGAACCUUCUCCCAGAGGUGGGGUCAUCAGUUCGUACCCUCAGCCUGGCUUACAGUGCUGCCGUCUCCAGCAAAAUGGUGCGCCAGAUCCUUAGUCUUUGCCCAAAUCUCAUACACUUGGAUCUCACUCAGACUGAUGUUACUGAUUCAGCUUUUGAAAGUUGGGCAGAGUUGGGGGCUUGUCGCACACUCGAGCAUUUGGACCUGUCGGGCUGUGAGAAGAUCACAGACUACACGCUGAAGAAUUUGACCCUGGGUUUAGGCGAUCUGACCACGCCCAGGUUUUCAAAGAAUAGCCCCGAUUGCAAAAACAAGCUUUUGAAGACCCCGCCGUCUGCCAUCAAACUUCUAGACCAGCACUCCAGGUAUUCUCUAGGACGUGCACGCACAGCUCUCGUCUUCAAGUGGAGGCCCGGUGGGCGGAGCAUGAGCUGCAGCCCCGUUUGGGUUCUGGAUCCAGUCGAGCUCGCCGACAUCGAGGACGCAGCCGAUUGGGCUAGAAGAGGAGGCUUGGCAGCUGGAAACAGCGAGGGGCAUAGUAGUAUUUUAGGGGUGCAGGUGCAGACAGGAGGCAGGUCGUGCUGCUGUAGGAGGAGCAUGAAGCGGAGCUUUAGGACUGACAUUGGCUCCGCCUAUUUGCAGCAGCUGUAUGGCACUCUGGGGGAAAUGCAGUGUGGUCACUCCGCAUGCUGUGGCUCAGACGCCACUUUAAGGACAGUGAAAGGAGCGCAGUGUGAGCCUCAAGCCACAGGGGGCAGCACUGAGCUUUGGACUAAAUGCCCUUCUGAGGGCAAGACAAGGACUGAACAGUCAGGAGCCUGCAGAGCUCUGAGGUUCCUCAGCCUGUCAGGAUGCUAUCAGAUCACAGACUUCGGCCUGAGGUGUCUCUCUCAGGGAGGAGGCCUUCCUCUGCUGGAGCAUCUGAACCUCUCCGGCUGUCUGUUCAUCACUGAAGUGGGAUUGCAUGAGCUGGUGUCUGUGUGUCCCUCGCUCAAAGAUGAACACUUCUACUACUGUGAUAACAUCAACGGUCCUCAUGCCGACAAAGCGAGUGGAUGCCAGAAUCUGCAGUGUGGCUUCAGGGUUUGCUGUCGCUCCGGAGAGUGAUCAUCUUUCCCCAGUGGUUUUUUUCUCCUUUCUCCUGUCUCUUUAUCCCAAGUUCCCUGUCUCUCUCCUCUUGAGCCUUCUUUCUGUUUCUCAUGCUUUCCUAUCUUUCCUAACUCCUCUAACCCCUCCCGGUGUCUCCUGUCCUGUUGCACCUCCUGCGUUUGCACUUUAUAAAUCGGAGGCGCUCGGGCUGGUCCGUCACUCACAAAUUGUUACGUUCAACACUUAAAGGAGAAAAAAAAACAAAACAUUGUUAAAUUUCCUGAAGCCUUUGCUGAACAAUUGGGCAGUUAAGAAAGUGUACAUUUGUAGAUUGUGUUAUUGAAGUUAUAUUGUUUCUCCGAGUUCAUUCUUUCGUGUUAAAUAAUUUGGAAAAGGAAGGAUUGUUUCUUUAAUUUGGUGACCUUUCAGGAAACAUUGCUUUAAGCACAGAAUAUUUGAGGGUUUUUUGUCUUUUUUUUUUGUAGUAAUAAUAUCUCAUAAAGCUGCCUAGCCAGCUGUAGGAUUUAACACGUUCGACACUGCGUUCCUCCACCUCUAGGGAAAAUUCAUAACAUCCUAACCUAUGAUUACUGUACAGUUAUGUUCUGUAAAUAUGUGCUUUGCUUCUUUUCUCAUUCACUAAAGCAGCCUUGACGUAAAGAAAAACUAUUUCAGUCCCAUACAUGGGCUUGUGAAGGAGUUCAACUAAAAAUAAAUUUGACACAAUUUGCUCCAAAUGUAGAUCUGGCAAGUGAACACUGAAAUGUAAUUGUAACUGGAAAGAUUGUAUCUGCAAAAGUAACACUCUUCAUACAGUUCCUUCAACAGCAGAAUAGGACUGAAUUAAUAAAACUGAAAAGUCAGAUUUAUGUAGAUCUGACAACUUCAA